CGUUCUGCUUCUUACAAACCAAACCAAUCCAUCAAACUCUGUCCUCUCUCUACCUUCUCUGGUCUUUCUGUCAAGAACCAAAUUUGACACUUUCAUUUCCUCCUACCUCUCUUGUCCAUCACAUACAACCGAGAUUCCACCAUGUCUGGAGGAGCAGCAAAUAUCACGGUCGCUCUGUUGAAUAAGCCGGCGGAGAACGGCAGAGAAGAGGAUGAGCUGGGGAUGAAGGAGAAGGUUUGGAAUGAAUCAAAGAAGCUAUGGGUUGUGGCAGCGCCAGCGAUAUUCACGAGAUUCUCUACGUUCGGAGUUUCGAUGAUAAGUCAAGCUUUCAUCGGCCAUCUUGGCCCUAUCGAGUUAGCCGCUUACUCGAUCACUUUCACCGUUCUCCUCCGUUUCAGUAAUGGUAUUUUGUUAGGCAUGGCCAGUGCACUAGAAACACUAUGUGGUCAAGCUUACGGAGCAAAACAAAACCAUAUGCUCGGAAUCUAUCUUCAAAGAUCAUGGAUCGUUCUCACAGGUUGUACAAUUUGCCUCAUGCCUGUUUACAUCUUCUCGGGCCCUAUUCUCUUAGCCUUAGGACAAGAGGAACGAAUCGUCCGUGUGGCUCGGAUCAUAGCCCUAUGGGUCAUUGGCGUCAACUUCUCCUUCGUACCAUCAUUCACUUGCCAAAUGUUUCUCCAAGCUCAGAGCAAGAACAAGAUCAUUGCCUACGUGGCUGCAGUCUCCUUAGCGGUCCACGUGUUCUUGUCAUGGCUCCUAAUGAUUCAUUUCGAUUUUGGAAUCACUGGUGCUAUGACAUCGACGCUAGUUGCGUUCUGGUUACCUAACAUUGCUCAGCUUUUGUUCGUCACUUGCGGUGGGUGUAAGGACACGUGGAGAGGAUUCUCUAUGUUGGCUUUCAAAGAUUUAUGGCCCGUCUUCAAACUAUCCAUGUCUUCCGGUGGAAUGCUUUGCUUGGAGUUAUGGUAUAACUCGAUCUUGGUACUGCUCACUGGAAAUUUGAAAAACGCAGAGGUGGCUCUAGAUGCACUUGCAAUCUGUAUCAACAUAAAUGGACUGGAGAUGAUGAUAGCACUUGGUUUUCUGGCAGCAGCAAGUGUAAGAGUGUCCAACGAGCUCGGCAGAGGAAACUCAAAAGGAGCCAAGUUUGCAACAUUGAACGCGGUUUUCACGUCUCUAUCUAUAGGAUUUGUCCUAUUCUUCGUCUUCUUGUUUUUAAGAGGAAGAGUUUCCUACAUUUUCACUACAAGUGAAGCUGUCGCAGCAGAAGUUGCCGAUCUUUCUCCACUUUUAGCAUUUUCCAUCCUCUUGAACAGUGUUCAGCCUGUUCUCUCAGGAGUUGCUGUUGGAGCAGGAUGGCAAGGAUAUGUUACUUACGUUAACCUUGCUUGUUAUUACCUUAUCGGAAUUCCUUCUGGUGUUAUCCUUGGCUAUGUCGUCGGUUUGGAAGUCAAAGGUGUCUGGAUCGGAAUGCUCUUUGGAGUAUUCGUUCAAACUUGCGUGCUUUGUAUCAUGACUCUGAGAACAGAUUGGGAUCAACAGGUGUCUACAUCGUUGAGACGUUUGAACCGGUGGGUUGUACCAGACGAAUCUAGUGCCGUAAACAAAACUUCAUCAGAGGAGUAAUAUUUAUUUGGAUUCUGAAAUUCUCAUAUUCUAAGUUAUAACUUAAUAUAAUCAAUGCAAACUCUUUAGCACAAGAGUGUAAAAAUUAUAUCCAGCAUGGUGUAUCGUGGAAUAAGAGGAUGUCAAAUAUUAUAUU